AGAUGUUAUAUGCUUCAAAUUAUGAGCGUUGUGCGACUUAUUCAGCAGUAUCUGAAGGAGAACAACCUGAUGCGCACACUUCAGACGCUGCAGGAAGAGACAACGACAUCACUAAACACCGUGGAUUCGGUGGACAGCUUCGUGGCAGACAUCAACAACGGUCACUGGGACACCGUUCUCAAGGCCAUACAGUCCCUCAAACUGCCAGACAAAAAACUCAUCGAUCUCUACGAACAGGUGGUGCUGGAGCUGAUAGAGCUGCGAGAGCUGGGUGCAGCGCGCUCACUACUCCGCAACACGGACCCCAUGAUAAUGCUCAAGCAGCACGAGGCGGACAGAUACGUGCAUCUGGAGAACCUGCUGGCGCGCUCCUACUUCGACCCGCGCGAGGCGUACCCGGACGGCUCGAGCAAGGAGCGGCGCCGGGCGGCUAUCGCGCAGGCGCUGGCCGGCGAGGUAUCGGUGGUGCCGCCCAGUCGCCUGCUGGCGCUGCUCGGCCAGGCCAUGAAGUGGCAGCAGCACCAGGGCCUCCUGCCGCCCGGCACCCAGAUCGAUUUGUUCCGAGGCAAGGCCGCCAUUCGUGAACAGGAGGAGGAGACCUACCCCACGCAGCUCUCCAAGCAGAUCAAGUUCCGCAAGACGCACCCCGAGUGCGCCGCCUUCUCGCCGGACGGCCAGUACCUGGUGACCGGCACCGUGGACGGCUUCAUCGAGGUCUGGAACUUCACCACGGGCAAGAUCCGGAAGGACCUCAAGUACCAGGCGCAGGACAACUUCAUGCUGAUGGAGGAGGCGUGCCUGUCGCUGGCCUUCAGCCGCGACUCGGAGAUGCUGGCCUCUGGCAGCCAGGAGGGCCGCGUCAAGGUCUGGAAGAUCGCCACCGGCCAGUGCCUGCGCAAGUUCGAGCGGGCGCACACCAAGGGCGUGACGAGUAUGCAGUUCUCGCGUGACAACAGUCAGCUGCUGAGCACGUCCUUCGACAACACGCUUCGCAUUCACGGUCUGAAGUCGGGCAAGACGCUGAAGGAGUUCCGCGGGCAUACCUCGUUCGUCAACAGCGCUACAUUCAGUGUGGACGGACACUGCGUGAUCAGCGGGUCUUCGGACGGCACUGUCAAGAUCUGGAACGUCAAGACCACCGAGUGCAUCAACACGCUGAAGCCGCUGGGCGGCGUCAGCUGCGAGGAGUGCCACGUCAACGCAGUGGCGCUGUUGCCCAAGAACCCCGAGCACUUUGUCGUCUGCAACCGCUCCAGCACCAUCGUCAUCAUGAACAUGACCGGACAGACGGUACGCUCGUUCAGCACGGGCAAGCGUGAGGGCGGCGACCUGGUCUGCUCGGUGGUGUCGCCGCACGGCGACUGGAUCUACGCAGUGGGCGAGGAUCUGGUGCUAUACUGCCUGUCCACCACCUCGGGCAAGCUGGAGAGACGCUCAACGUAA